AUGAUAAAGGCUACGUUACAGGGUCCGGAGGGCGAAGCACUGAAGAAGCUGCUAGCUUUGGGUGGCUUGGUGUGCGGUGGAUUGUUGGCGAUGGGUGAAUUGCUGAUGCCGAGGAGUGUAUCGGACUGGCCGCACGUGUGUCUGUUGGCGAUGGCGGGCAUGGCGGUGUAUGGGAUGACGCAGUCUGUAGAGGCUGAAUUGACGAUCGCUCGCCGAGUGCCGGAUGUUAAAAACCCUAUAUACAAAUCUGCAGCGCUCUUCGUCUGUGGCCUUGUUCCGCAGUGCAGCUACUGGUUCCCGCUGCUCGGCCUUCUCGGGGGCCUACUCGUUCAAGCAGUUGCCGCUAUUCUCUUCGUGCAAACUUACUGGGCCAUUGAAAAGAACGAAGGCACCUCCUGGAUCAGAGACGCACUCAACAAACCGGCAGACUACAUCGACUUCCAAGAACAACAGCAACAGCGAUCUUUUGAUGAAAUUUGA